AUGUCUAUCUAUAAAGAUGCAAUCGCAAAGCAUCAGCGUUUUUUAACAAUAGAAAAUGUCAAAAGUAGAUCAGCAAUGUUACGGAAGUACGACCGCUUUUUGCCAGUUAUGCAGAAGAUAAUAAAGAGUUAUUGUCAUUACACACUUUGUAACGAAAUCUUGUUGAGUGUUUUACUACUUAUUGGCCUUCUUACGCGUAUCAUGUCUUUCCCUUUCUUUUACCUACUUAUGUUCCCAGAGUCUGACAGUACCAGCUGGGACCAGAUAGAGUUAUUCCAUGCUGGCAAAAAGGUUAUGAUUUGUGGUCCGGUAGAAUCAAAAUAUCACCCCCCUACCAGGAAAUGUUGUUCCCCUAAAAUUAGGGCCCAGGCUGCCCAGGCUGUUCCGCCAGGCUGUUCUUAUAAAAUGGAUAACAUUAAAGGAAAUCUUUUCAACUUUGAAUACUGGGAAAACACAAAACCAAAGCAAUAUGACAUUACCAAGUACGACAUAGCCCUUUGCAAGAGUAAAGUUGUUGAGAAAAGAGUGGCACACGCCUGCUUGUGA